UGAAGUUCCGUUUUCUCCUUUGAGGCAAGAUAUUGGAAUGUAUAGAGCAAAGUUAAUGCAUUAUCUUUAUGGAAAAGGCAGGUAUACUGUGUAUGUGAGGCAGUGAGUGAGUGCAUCCCAAAUCCCAGAGCAUGUUUUCUUACAAUGCAGUGAAAUGCCAAAACGGAACAGGUUCAUUCCAGAGAGUACGGAUAUGUUAGAGUUUUUGUUUUUAAAUGUGUUGUUGUUGUUUAUUUUGCUUCCUUGUUUGUUUGUUUUGGUUUUUCGAAACAGGGUUUCUUUGGGUACUAUUAUCUGCCCUGGAGCUAAUUCUCUGGCCCAGACUAGCUUCCACCUAGUGAUCACGAUUAAAAAUGCCUGCCACCAUGCCGGGCUUCUUGGUUUCGUUUUGGGUCAGGGUGUCACCGUGUAGCCCUGAAUGUCUUUCACUGAAGUUCGCCUUCUAGAGUGUGGGCAGUCAGGGGUUGCACCUGAACUUUCCUAAAAUGUUUUGAUAUUUAUCGCUGAGUCAGUAGAGUUCUCCAAUCAGGGACCAUAGUACUAAAAGGAAUGAAUUGGCCAAUCGGGAGCACGGAUAGUCGCAGCAAGCCGGGGAAGGGUGGGGGAAGUCUUUUUCACGCUUUGCUUAGUAUGGCGGGAUUCCUGUGAGGACCUGGUUUGGGAGACUUUGUGUUCUGCUGACUGCAGGCAUCACUGGGUGGAAACCCAAACACAUCAGAAGCCAGGAAUGGAGCCAGUGACCUUUGAGGAUGUGACUGUGAAGUUCACCUCAGGCGAGUGGGCUUUGUUGGAUUCCAGUCAAAAGAAGCUCUACAGAGAUGUGAUGAAAGAGACAUUUUUGAACCUGACUUUCAUAGAGAAAACACUAGAAGAAAAUAUUGAAGAGGACUACAAAGAUCUCUGCAGAAAUCUGGGAACUCAGGUGGUUGAGAAAGACUGUGGAUAUGAGUGUGAUAGUCAGUGUGAUGAAAUCCAGGAACCAAUUUCAGAAAAUAAAGACAUGCCUUCUGCAAUAAGAAUUUGUGAAAGCCAAGCAAAUGUAAGAAACAUCAUUGGUCAUUCAUCCUCACAUGUAUGUCCAAGAGACCAAACUAGAGUGAAACAGCCUGAAUAUAUGAAAGCUGUGGCAAAGGCUUUCAAACAUGAGAAACAUUGGAAAGAUAUCAUUCAUUCUGAGUCACUUCAGGUACUUGAAACUUCUACAGAGAAAUCCCAUAAAAACCAACAAUGUAAUGAAGCCUGUAGGAGUCUCACUUCUGAUAAACGUCAAGAGAGAACUCAAACCAAAGAUAAGUUCCGUGUGGGAGUCUUAAAGAGAUACAAAUAUGGCCAGAAAGAUAAAGGGAUCCAUACAGGAGUGAAACCAUUUGUGUGUAAGCAUUGCAAAGAAGCUUUCACUGAUUCCAGUGACCUCAUCAACCACCACAAAAGUCAUACUGGAAACAAAAAUUACAUUUGUAAGCUCUGUGGGAAAACAUUUAAAUAUGCUUCAUGUUUUGAGAAACAUAAAGUAAGUCAUAGAGGAGAGAAGCUUUAUGCAUGUAAGUAUUGUGGAAAAGGCUUUACCCGCGCCUAUGGUCGUAACAUUCAUGAAAGUAUUCACACCGGAGAGAAGCUUUAUACCUGUAAGCAUUGUGGAAAAAACUUCACUAGUCCCUCUUAUUUUAAAAUUCACGAAAGAAUUCACACUGGAGAAAAACCUUACACAUGUAAAUAUUGUGAUAAACCCUUUGCCAUUUUGAGUUCUCGUAAUGCUCAUGAAAGAGUUCACACUGCUGGGAAGGCUUAUGUAUGUAAGCAUUGUGGAAAAGCCUUCACCAGUUCUAAUUGGCGAAAUGUUCAUGAAAAGGGUCACACCGGAGAGAAGCCUUAUGCAUGUAAGUAUUGUGGAAAAACCUUCUUUGGAUCUAGUUCUCGUAACUGUCAUGAAAGAAUUCACACUGGGGAGAAAUCCUUUGUUUGUAAAACAUGUGGGAAAAUGUUCCUUCUCUCUCAUCAUCUUACCAGCCAUGAGAGAAUUCACACAGGAGAAAAACCGUAUGCAUGUAAGCUUUGUGGAAAAACCUUUACCAGUUCCAGGUGGCGUAAGACUCAUGAAAGAAGUCACAAUUUAAAGAAGCCUCAUUUUACAUGUAAGCAUUGUAGAAAGGCUUUCACCAGUUCAAAGCUCUGUGCUACUCAUGAAAGAACUCACACUAGAAAGAAGCUUUAUGCAUGUAAGCUUUGUGGGAAAACCUUCACCAGGUCCACUCACCGUAACGCUCAUGAGAGAACUCACACUGGAGAGAAGCCUUAUACAUGUAAGCAUUGUGGAAAAGCCUUCCCUACUUCUUAUACUUGUAACAUUCAUGAAAGAUCUCACACUGGAGAGAAGCCUUAUGCCUGUAAGCAAUGUGGGAAAACUUUCACUAGUUCCACUUGCCGUAACAUUCAUGAAAGAACUCACACUAGAAAGAAGCUUUAUGCUUGCAAGCAUUGUGGGAAAACCUUCACCAGGUCCACUUACCGUAACACUCAUGAAAGAACUCACACUGGAGAGAUGCCUUAUAGGUGUAAGCAUUGUGGAAAAGCCUUUCCUAGUUCUCAUAAUCGUAACAUUCAUGAAAGAUCUCACACUGGAGAAAAGCCUUAUGCCUGCAAACAAUGUGGGAAAACCUUCACCAGGUCUACUUACCGUAACAUUCAUGAAAGAAUUCACAGUGGAGAGAAGCUUCAUGCAUGUAAGCAUUGUGGGAAAACCUUUGUCACUUCCACUACCUGUAAAAUUCAUGAAAGAUCUCACACUGGAGAGAAGCCAUAUGCAUGUAAGCAUUGUGGCAAGACAUUUACCAUUUUGAGUUCGCUUAAUACUCACAAAAGAAGUCACACUGGAGAGAAGCCUUAUGCAUGCAAGCAUUGUGGAAAAUUCUUUACCCGCUCCAGUUAUCGUAAUAUUCAUGAAAGAAGUCAUACUGGAGAGAAGCCUUAAGCAUGUAAGCAUUGUGGAAAUACCUUUGUCAAUUUCAGUUGGUGUAAUACUUCUGAAGGAAGACUGGAGAGAAAGCCUUUAUGUGUGGGGAAACUCUUCAGUCUGAUGAUCUUACAUUCAUGAAAGAAUUCAUACUGGAGAGAAGCUUUAUGCAUGCAAGCAUUGUGGAAAAACCUUCAGCUGUACUUGUCAUAAGAAUCAUGAAAGCUGUCACACUAGAAAAUAGUAUAUAAUUAAUACAUUGGGGCAAAGCCUUCACAAAUUCCACUUGCCAUAGGAGUCAUGAAAAUAUUCACACUGGAGAAAAACCAUGGGAAAAUGUUUCUUUGCUCUCAUUUUAUCAAGCACAAAAGAUCUCACAGUGGGGAGGAACAUUAUUAAUGUCACCAUUAUGAGAGGCCUUUAAUGCUUCCAGUUUCUGUAGCAUACAUGGAGCAGCUUACACUGGGGAGAAGCCUUGUGCAUGUAAUCAUCUUACAAAAGCUUUCAUCAGUUCCAUUUGCUGCAACAUUCAUAAAGAAUUCACCCUGGAGUGAAACUGUACACGUGUAAGCAUGUGGAAAAGCCUUUAGCAGUAAGUUUCUACUGUAGUCAUGAAACAGUUUCACAGUGGUGAAAAACUUUGUAAUAAAUGUGGGAAAUAAUUCA